CAUCGAUUGUAUCAUUCUAUUCGAAUUGUCGCAUUGGUACCUUAUUUUGGAAUUGCCCUUCUACUGAAUGGGCUAACUUGGCACCCUGGGUAGAUAUGUGCGAUUCGCGUCCAUAUUGCCGGGAUGGGGUUUCGAAUUACAACAUGGAAUGUCAAUGGGAUUCGAAAUCCGUUCUCCUACGAGCCAUGGAGAGGCAAGCGGACGUUCGAUGCCAUGUUUGACAUCCUUGAGGCCGAUAUUGUCGUCUUUCAGGAAACGAAGAUUCAGCGUAAAGACCUGCGCGAUGACAUGGUCUUAGUGCCUGGUUGGGACUGCUACUUUAGUCUUCCGCGAGUCAAGAAAGGGUACUCUGGGGUUGUGAUAUACACACGCAACGCGACAUGCGCCCCCAUUCGCGCAGAGGAAGGUCUCACAGGCGUGCUUUGUCCCCCAAAUUCGUCCGUCUCUUUUCGAGACCUCCCAGAAGAGCAACAGAUUGGCGGCUAUCCCACCAUCGAACAGUUGUCGCAGCUCGACCUUGAUGCGGCAACGCUGGACUCUGAGGGCCGUUGUGUCAUCCUUGAAUUCCCCGCCUUUGUUCUCCUGGGAAUCUACUCGCCCGCCAAUCGGGACGAGAGUCGCGACUCAUUCCGUCAUAACUUCAUCGAUUUGAUGGACGUGCGGGUCCGGAAUCUGGUCGCUCUGGGCAAGAGGGUGUUCGUGACGGGGGAUCUGAAUAUUUCUCGAGGGGAGAUCGAUGCAGCACAUGCGGGGGAGGCUAUCCGGAAAGGAACCUUGACAGAAGACGAGUUUGUCUCCGUUCAUGCGCGACGUGUAUUCAACCAACUACUCUCCGACGGAAAGGUCAUUGGGGAACGAGAGGAAGGGAGAGAGCAGCCUGUUAUGCACGAUAUCUGUCGCUCCUUCCACCCGGACCGCAAGGGGAUGUACACCUGCUGGGAGCAACGCAUCAAUGCCCGUCCUGGGAACUAUGGCUCGAGGAUUGACUAUGUCCUGUGUAGCUUGGAUAUGCAAGACUGGUUCUGCGAUUCGAACAUACAAGAAGGCCUCAUGGGUUCCGAUCAUUGUCCCGUGUAUGCGGUGUUCAAAGAUAGUGUAAGUCUAGGGGAUAAACAAGUCAGCAUCCACGACAUCAUGAACCCACCCGGGAUGUUCGAAAAUGGCGAGCGCCGACAGGACUAUACGGCCAAAUGUUUACUGCCUAUUUCGGGCCGCUUGAUACCGGAGUUCGACAAGCGAAGGAGUAUCAAAGACAUGUUCAUGCGCAAACCGAGCAGCGCGUCGCAGAGUUCUCCGAUUGGGACCCCUGCGCUCUCUCGUGCAGGUUCGGUUCAAGAGACAGAAAAGAUGGCUCCCAUCAAGAACGCCCCAACGGAAGCAGUCAGCAACCCUUCCAUGUCCAAGAACGAUCCUCAACCCAAAGGCGUCGUCCGUAAGCGGUCCGAAAAGAAUGACUCACCUAUCAAACGUUCGAAGCCAGUAGCUGCCUCAGCACCCGCGCCACCUACUGCUGGACAGAAGUCGCUCAAAGGGUUCUUCAAGCCGAAGAUUGCCCCGGUCAAUCAGACCAGCGCGAGUCCAACCGACACCACGAGCCCACCUAUUGUACCACCACCUGCAUCACUCCACGAGCCCAACACCUCGACAAAUCAUGGACAGCUAAAUGACGAACAAGUCGCAUUAUCAAUUGCUAGAGAACCCGCGGAGGAGAUCAACCCACCUGUAUCAGCGACAGCAAUCACCCCGAAGGAAGAUGACACGGUCAUCGACCCAAUAGUCAGCAAGGAAGACUGGUCAAAGCUCUUUACAAAGAAGCGAGCGCCUAAAUGCGAAGGUCACCAAGAAUAUUGCAUCAGCCUGACGACGAAGAAACCUGGAGUCAACUGCGGCCGGUCCUUCUGGAUAUGUCCCAGACCUCUUGGACCCAGCGGCAAUAAGGAGAAGGGCACUCAAUGGCGGUGUCCGACAUUCAUCUGGGCAAGUGACUGGAGCUCGUCGACAUCAUAGGUAGCCAUGGCAACGCGAGGCAUCAUUCCCUAACCUCGACACCAUACUGCAAUAAUAGAUACCCAUUGUUCAUCAGUAGUCACGGCAUUUGACUAUGGAACAAUACCCCCAGGCUCAAUAGCCAUCCCAUAUUCACAUAGCGAGACUAUUAGCCUGCAUCGCACCCCAACCUACGUCAUAUGAUCAUUUCGCUUGCACAGCAACCACCAGCAACAGCAAGCAUCAAGGUAGAUACUUAGCUACCCACGGUAAUUAAUUUAUCUAGCAGUGACGUCCCUUACGGCACCGUUGAUCAAUCAACACCAUAGCCAAUUCAUGUAUUUUAACCAAGCCUAUAUCAAACCCCCCGACAAACGCCACCCUGCUAUACAACAUUUUUCGGUUAAUAACACCUCUCAAGAAUAUCCAGUCCUCUUGUCAUGUGGGUCCAGUGGAACUCUAUCUCAACAUCGCUCGACUGUGGGUCUAG